CCAGUGUGGCUUAGGUGCUUGGAGCUGGUGUAGCAGCUCCUGGGAGGUGGGAGGCUGAAGAGGAGGAGAGGCCACUGAAGGGUCACCCAGCGCUGGGGGCCUCAGCAACAGCAGCCAGUGAGGGCGAUGAGCCCAAGCCUGCCUGCCUCUCGGAGCCUCGGGGGGUGGGACCCUAGGCUCCAGCCGCCUGAUUGUUGGGAGGGCAGGAGCCUCUCUUGAUGGAUUGACUGGAGAUGGAUCGAAUUACACCAUUUGCUGUGCUCGCGUUUGUUUUGCUCCCGGUUUGUCCCGGCGCUUCUAGAGCUGGCGAGUUUAAGGAUUACGCUGGAGCAGCCCGAAGCUAGCCUCCGGAUUUGGGUUUUGCUGUAGCGCUCUCCCAGGCUUGCUUUCCUCCUUCCCUUAUGAGGUGGACUUGAACCAGGGGUCUCCCACAUCCUAGGUAGUUAAACAGUAUUACCAAGAAGCUGGUGCUAUUUUUCGCCCGCCAUGAGGCUGCGUCUGCUUUGUGCUUGUGUGAUGCUAUUGACUGUGUCCCAGUGCCUAGCUGUCAGCUUUCCUGAAGACGAUGACCCUAUUAAUGUUGUUGACUACCAUUAUUCAAGGCAAUAUCCAGUAUUUAAAGGACGCCCUUCAGGCAAUGAAUCUCAACACAGGCUGGACUUUCAACUGAUGUUGAAAAUUCGAGACACACUUUAUAUCGCUGGCAGGGACCAAGUUUAUACUGUAAACUUAAAUGAAGUUCCCAAGGCAGAAGUUACUCCAAGCAAAAAAUUAACCUGGAGAUCGAGACAGCAGGACAGAGAGAACUGUGCCAUGAAAGGCAAACACAAAGACGAAUGCCAUAACUUUAUUAAAGUCUUUGUUCCCAGAAAUGAUGAGAUGGUGUUUGUUUGUGGUACAAAUGCAUUUAACCCCAUGUGCAGAUACUACUGGCUGAAUACCUUAGAGUAUGACGGAGAGGAAAUUAGCGGAUUGGCAAGAUGCCCAUUUGAUGCCAGACAAACCAACGUUGCCCUCUUUGCUGAUGGGAAAUUGUAUUCAGCAACAGUAGCAGAUUUUCUGGCAAGUGAUGCUGUUAUUUACCGCAGCAUGGGAGAUGGAUCUGCCCUAAGAACAAUAAAAUAUGAUUCCAAAUGGAUAAAAGAACCACAUUUCCUCCAUGCCAUAGAAUAUGGCAACUAUGUUUAUUUCUUCUUUCGAGAAAUUGCUGUAGAGCAUAAUAAUUUAGGCAAGGCUGUGUAUUCCCGUGUGGCACGCAUAUGCAAAAAUGACAUGGGUGGCUCCCAGAGAGUGCUGGAAAAACACUGGACUUCAUUCUUAAAAGCUCGUCUCAACUGUUCUGUUCCUGGGGAUUCAUUUUUCUACUUUGAUGUUCUGCAGUCGAUCACAGACAUAAUAGAAAUCAAUGGAGUCCCUACUGUUGUCGGUGUAUUCACCACACAGCUUAACAGCAUCCCUGGUUCAGCCGUGUGUGCUUUCAGCAUGGAUGACAUUGAGAAAGUAUUCAAAGGAAGAUUUAAAGAACAAAAGACUCCAGAUUCUGUUUGGACAGCUGUACCCGAAGACAAAGUACCAAAGCCAAGACCUGGUUGCUGUGCAAAACAUGGUCUAGCAGAGGCUUACAAAACCUCCAUUGAUUUCCCGGAUGAAACUCUAUCCUUCAUCAAAUCCCAUCCAUUGAUGGAUUCUGCAGUUCCAUCAGUCAUCGAGGAGCCCUGGUUCACAAAGACACGGGUCAGAUAUAGGUUGACUGCAGUUGCUGUAGACCAUUCCGCUGGACCCUACCAAAACUACACAGUCAUAUUUGUUGGCUCUGAAGCAGGAGUGGUACUUAAGAUCUUGGCAAAGACCAGACCCUUUUCUUUGAAUGACAGCGUAUUACUGGAAGAGAUUGAUGCUUAUAAUCAUGCAAAGUGUAAUGCAGAGAGUGAAGAGGACAGAAAAGUCAUUUCCCUUCAGUUGGAUAAAGAACACCAUGCUGUAUUUGUGGCAUUCUCCAGUUGUGUUGUUAGAAUUCCCCUCAGUCGCUGUGAGCGUCAUGGAUCAUGUAAAAAGUCUUGUAUUGCUUCACGAGACCCCUAUUGUGGCUGGCUAGACCAGGGGGCGUGCGGAAGAGUGAAACCUGGCAUGCUGUUCUCUUUGUUUGUUUCAUACAACCACAGCACUGGAGGAUAUGAGCAAGAUGUAGAAUAUGGCAAUACAGGACAGCUUGGGGACUGCCAUGAAAUUUUGCCUACUACAACUACACCAGAUUACAAAAUAUUUGGCGACCCAACAUCUGACAUGGAGUUAUCCUCAGCUUCCAUUACCACAAUGGCAAGUAUCCCAGUUAUAUCACCUAAAGUGAUUGGUUCCUGGAAACCUAAAGUGACUGGCUCUCGGAAAUUUGUAGUUCAAGAUGACCCAAACACUUCUGAUUAUUCUGAUCCAUUAUCAGGUGUCCCAAAGGGUGUAAGGUGGGAAGUACAGUCGGGAGAUUCCAACCAAAUGGUACACAUGAACGUCCUGAUCACUUGUGUCUUUGCUGCCUUUGUCCUGGGAGCCUUCCUUGCAGGAGUGGCCGUUUACUGUUACCGAGAUAUAUUUGUACGGAAAUCCAGAAAAAUACACAAAGAUGCAGAAUCAGCUCAGUCCUGUACAGACUCCAGUGGAAGUUUUGCUAAACUGAAUGGGUUAUUUGAUAGUCCCGUCAAGGAAUAUCAGCAAAACAUUGAUUCGCCUAAACUGUACACAAAUCUGUUGAGUAGCAGAAAAGAACUGCCGCCGAAUGGUGAUACAAAAUCCAUGAUAAUGGACCACAGAGGCCAGCCUCCAGAAUUAGCUGCACUUCCUACUCCUGAAUCCACACCAGUACUGCAGCAAAAGACACUGCAGGUGAUGAAGAGUCAGUCAGACAAGGCACAUAGCAACCUCAAUGCGUCAAGAAAAGAAACCCCUCUAAAAAGCCCUCAAUUUUUUCCUUCUAGUCCCCCACCCCAUUCUCCGUUAAGUCAUGGACAUAUUCCCAGUGCCAUUGUUCUUCCCAACGCUACCCAUGACUACAACACAUCUUUCUCAAAUUCUAAUGCACAUAAAGCAGACAAAAAGAUGCAAAAUAUUGAUCACCCACUUACAAAACCAUCAAGCAAAAGAGACCACAGGAGAUCUGUUGAUUCCAGGAAUACCCUGAACGAUUUUCUGAAACAUUUAAAUGAAACUCCUAAUAAUCCCAAAUCAAUUAUGGGAGACAUUCAAGUGGCUCACCAGACUUUAAUGCUGGAUCCAAUGGGAAAUAUGUCUGAAAUUCCACCUAAAGUUCCUAACAGGGAGGCAUCUUUAUACUCUCCUCCAUCUACUCUUCCAAGAAAUAGUCCAACAAAACGAGUGGAUGUCCCUACUACCCCAGCAGUACCAAUGACUUCUUUAGACAGACAAAGGGGCUAUCACAAAAAUUCUUCACAAAGGCAUUCAAUAUCUGCCCUGCCUAAAAACUUAAACUCACCAAAUGGUGUUUUGUUAUCCAGACAGCCUAGUAUUACCCGCGGGGGAUACAUGCCUCCUGCUACAGGCACAAAGAUGGACUACAUGCAAGGGACGCCGGUCAGCGUUCAUCUGCAGCCUUCUUUAUCCAGACAAAGCAGUUACACAAGCAAUGGAACCCUUCCUCGUACAGGAAUAAAGAGGACACCAUCCAUAAAACCUGACGUGCCACCAAAACCCUCAUUCGUUCCUCAAACAACUUCAGUCAGACCACUGAACAAAUACAGCUACUAGGACUUGUAUAUUCUAUUAUAGUGUGGCAUGGACCUGUACAGGUUGUGGGAGGAUGUUGUGGGAGAGACAUAAGACAGAGACUUGCUUGUAAUUAAAGAGAACAAAGUGGCCAAAGAAACUGUCUUUACUUCAGCAACAUCUAUGUCUUGCCACACAUUGCUACAGCAAGACUUGCUAAAAUAAACAAAGGAAGGUGCUGGUCAUUACAUUUCUUUUGUUUGGAGCUAAGGAGACAUGUAGCACAAUGGGAAUGGGGGCUACUUUACUGUUCUAACUAGCUGAUAAAGUACUUGGAAAAAUCUGUAAGCAAUUACUUGAAAAUGGGUUCCAUUUUAGACUGCCGAUAUGUGUGGUCUUCCCAUUAAAUGUGAACAUUUUAGUAUGUAUGCAUUCACCUUGCCUCUUGCACAAAUGUCAGAAAAUGGUAAUGUCUCAAUGAAUAUCUGGGUUAAUAAGCAAUUUGCUGAAAUUCAGUCUCUGGCCCAACAGUAGCAUUGUUUGUUUCCAUGUUUGGCAUUUUGUUUAUGCCACAGAUAAAGCUGUGUGUGUGUGUGUGUGUAUGUGUGUGUAUUGUACACACUAGGUUGUACUUAGAUUGUCAUCGCAUCUUUUCUGCUGUGGAAUUGUUUACAUUGAGCAUGACUGAACAAACAAAUGACUCUUCCUUCUGCAGUCCAUUGGGUUCAGUUUGGAGACAGCUAGAGAGGAAUUGUCCAUCUCAGUCAGCAUUCCAGAUUAUAUACACUGCUGAAUUAGUAAUCCAAUGAAAGAGUACAAGUGUGUUAAUUCUAAAAUAACUUUAUUAUGCUGCUAUCGAUUCAGAUCUGUACAUUUCAAAUCUAGUGUUUUGUGGUGGGAUGUGGGGAAUCUCACUGUACUUCCACAGUUCCUCCAUUCAAUACCUGGCCACUGUGAAUUUGAUCCCCUGUAGUUUUCAUUGAGGGCAGCUAAUAAUCUAGAACACACUAGGCAAUGCCUGUGUAAUAAAGUUACCUUUUUGUUGCAUUUAAUAACAUACUACACUCUGAUAGACCUUUGUCAAUAUCAAGGAGGAAGCGCUAAUUGGCCUGGCAGAAGCAGUCUGUGAAAAGUCAACUGUAGUGCAAUCAAUUUGUUUAUGUUGUGUAAUGUAAGUAUUUUCUCCAAAGUCAUGCAGGUAAUGACGAUAUUCUGUAAAUAUUAUGUGUGAGUUUACCUGAAUCUGUGCAUUUUGUGCCUUAUUCAUGCGAAUGAUAAAAGUACUAAGAAUCUGUCAAGUGUCCUCCAUAUAGCACAUAUUUCCUCAGUGCCAGUUGUAAUUCUUUUUACAAGCACCCAAAAAAAGAUAAAAAGCAAGAGUAAUUAGUGGUAAAUAAAGGCAGCCUGCAAUUCAAGAAGACAGCAAUAUUAAAUCACCUUGCCAUGAUAAACAUUCCACUGAUCAGUUAUAAAGUGAAAUCAAAUAAGGUUUCUAGGGUAAUGGAACACCUGCUAAAGUUGUGCAAGCCAUUUAGUAGGUUUUACAGUAUCCACUUGCAGCUGAUGUUCAACACAGAUGGCUGUUUUAGCUUGCAAACUACACACUACCACAUUGUUUAUUGAACAUAACCGUAGAAAUAACCAUGGCAAAGGAAUACUCAAUUAGUAGGACAAAUAACAUUAGUCGGUUUCUGAGACAAUGAAGAUUUAUACUACAUAUUGGAGGAAGAGAAAAGAUUAGUCUGAAAACUAGAUCACUGUUACAGAACAUAGAAUAAAGGAUAGAAAUUACUCCUUUUUUAUUUUCCUCUUCGCUUUAAGGCUGUAAGGAACUUUUGUUUCCUUAGACCUCUGGAUCCAAAAUCCUGUGAUCUCUUUUCUUAAAUGUUUCAGUCUCGCAACUAAAACACUACAGAUUAAUAACAAUUAAAAAACAAAAUCUACUCAGUCAGCAAAUGACAAAAACUGAUUUGAAUUCACUUCACAAAUAUUAAUUAAUAAUAAUUGUGUGAAACCAAAACAUAAAUGUAUGUGAACCCUGAUAUGAACCCUGAUAACGUUCUGUAACAUUGUGCUGCCUUGUAGAUGGUAAUGUGAGUUCUAUCAGUAUUUAUGUUGAAAUUUCUAACAUUCAACCUAGUUAAUUUAAUAAUACAAAAGAUGCUUUAUCCAUUUGUGCAAAGGUAAACGCAGAUUGUAUCUUUUUUAAUGGUACGGCAUAAAAAGUAACCCUAAAAAUGAAGCUGCUCUAUACCACAGAGUACUUUAACAUGUAUAGAUAUCUUGUAAACUUGUAUUGUGGAUGUGUAAAUAAUACGUUCUUUGGGUUUUUAACACCGCAUGUAAAGUCAAAAUAAAAUAUUCAGAUCUA